AUGACUAAGCCAGGAGAAAGUGAAGCUAAUAAAGUCAAGUUGAAAAGUCAGGGCCAGGAGCUACGACUUAACACCUGCAACCAUCGAAAACGGACACACAUACAGGAACUGGAACAAUCUGGAGAGUUAAAUAGCGGAGGGUUAUCAUACGAGGGUGAACAUUUUAGGAAAUAUGUUAACCUGGGCAGAAACAAGUACUUUGUGAGAAGGUACAAAUGCGUGGUCGGUCUUGCAUCUAAUGUUUUUUUUCGUGUUCUCUUCUCCCCUGUUUGUUCACGUGUGCCGCCGUCCAUCUCCCACUCACGCCCACACCGUGCUCACACGCCCGCCCACACUCGCCCACGCCCAUAUUGUCAGGUGCUCCAAAGUCGUAACAUCCUCAGGUCCAACAAAGUCCUGGGAAGUUUCAAGUUAGACGUGGCCACAGUGUGGUCCCAGUCAGACCAUCAGUUUUACCACAAGUGGGCCUUACUGACUGAUCCUGACGACAUCACUGGCGGUCCCAAAGGCUACCUCAAGUGCGACAUCUGCGUCGUUGGCAAGGGUGACGCCAUCAAGGCUCCCCUCAGAAACGACAAGGACGAGGACGACAUUGAAGGGAACCUGCUGUUGCCUGACGGGGUACCAGCUGAGCGCCAGAGAGCCAAGUUCAUCGUCAGGGUGUACAGAGCUGACGGCCUCCCCAGGAUCAAUUCUUCCAUCAUGGCCAACGUGAAGAAGGCGCUGACGGGGGAUUCCCGUGACCUCCUCGAUCCCUAUGUACAAGUCUCCUUCGCUGGACUCUCGGGUCGCACGAGCGUCAAGAAGAACACGUCUUGCCCCACCUGGAACGAGCAGAUCGUCUUCACAGAGAUGUUUCCCCCGCUCUGCCAGAGAGUGAAGAUCCAGGUGAGGGACAACGACGCUGUCAACGACACCGUGGUAGCCACACACUUCCUAGACCUCACCAACGUCUCGAAUGAUGGUGAUAAAGGUUUCUUGCCUACCUUUGGCCCUGCAUACGUGUACUUGUAUGGAUCUACUCGUGACGGAGCGGUGAUGGACGAACACGCCUCGCUCAACGCUGCCCUGGGGGAGGGUAUCGCUUACCGUGGCCGCCUCCUCCUCUCCGUCAGGUGCCAGAUUACUGACCAGCUCGACGUGGCGCCUUCAGAGGUCGAAGUGGAAAACACCUUACCCAUACAGGAGAGCAACUAUGGCAGGAGUGAGGAGUUUCUCUUGUUCGCGUCGGUACACGAGGCCACCAUGAUAGAGAAGCGGGUCAGUGACAAACCUGUCACCUUCGAAAUUUCCAUCGGCAACGCUGGUAAUUCCAUUGAUGGGUGUUCCUCCACCAGGCCCUCCAGCGACGAGGAGAGCGAUGGAGACUCAGGUCCUGAGUCCAUCAUCGCUGAGGCAUCUAUGUGGCAGUCGACGACACCUCCUGCCAAGCCCAUGACCAACGACAAAGUCUACUACUUCCUGCCUUUCUGGGACGACAAGCCGUGUCUCUAUGUUAGAGCUUUCUUCCAGGACCACCGUCGUCGCCUCUACCACUCCAACGUCAUCGACAGCAUCACCACCAAACUGGAGGAAGGUCUGUCUGAAGUGUCGUCAUUACUGGAGGAGGAGGACGAAAACGCUGAGCCUCGACUGAGGGAGGUCUUAGAGGAGCUGAUGGCAGGGUGUGGUCAGUACAUGAACCUGGCUCGGGCAUACUCCUCCAACUCGUCUGGCCAGAGAACCAAGCUGGACAAGGAGCGAGUCAGACUCUGCCAGAGGGAGAUUGACCAUCUGGGGAGCUCUGCGAGGCACACCAAGGCACUUCUGAGCCGACAUAGCUUCAAGGAGCGUUACAAGACCACUCACUCCUACCUGGCCAAGCUCAAGGAACUCAUUGAAGACCCUCAACACAGUCUGCCGGAUGUGUUUGUGUGGAUGAUCAGCGGGGGCAAGAGAGUGGCAUACCAGCGUCUAGCAGCCAGGCACCUGCUCUUCUCUCCCGUGGAGCAGGAGCGAGGCAAGCACUGUGCCACGACCCAGACACUCUUCCUCAAGUUGCCGGGUCGCAAGUCUAGUGGUCCUGGAGGCUGGGCCAUCCAGGGCAAGCUGCAGGUGUACAUGUGGCUGGGUCUGAUGAAGCACAAGAAGAACCUGGUGCCAGGCAUCCCUAAAGGUUACGAACUCAGCUACGAACUAAGGAACAUCGAGAGGAGCCUCACGCUGCCCCCCGUCUCCCUCCACUACACACAGAAGCAGACGUUCCAGCUGCGCGCACACAUGUACCAGGCUCGCUCCCUCAUAGCCUCGGACUCCUCUGGCCUCUCUGAUCCCUUCGCCCGCGUCAUCAUUGGAGAACACUGCCGUGUCACACAGGUGAUCGAUGAGACGUUGAGCCCGACGUGGGACGAGAUGCUAGUGCUGGACGACAUCCUCGUCUACGGCACCAAGGAAGAGAUCAAGGCCAGCCCGCCUCUCGUCCUCAUAGAGAUCUUCGACCAGGACAAUGUGGGUAAGUCAGAGUUCAUCGGGAGGGCCUUGGCUCGUCCUCACAUCAAGCUACGAGAGGAACCCUACAGACGACCACACCUUCAGUGGCACGACAUAUUCCGCGGCACCGACCACGCUGGGGAGCUCCUUGCUACCUUCGAACUUCUGCAGUUCCAGGAUGGUGAGGAAGGUGGGGACGUGGUAGCCAUGCCCCAGGCUAAGGAACAUCACUGUGGGGACUCUGGACCCGUGUUGCCCGUCCCCAGGGGUAUCAGACCCACCUUGGCCAAGUACAGACUCGAGGUAUUGUUCUGGGGUCUGCGGGACCUGAAGAGGAUCCACCUCCUGACGGUGGACCGCCCGAGGGUAGACGUGGAGGUGGCAGGUCACAUUAUCCAGUCUGCCGUGCUCACCUCCGCUAGGAAGAACCCAAACUUCACCAGCCCCGUCAAGUACAUCGACCUGGAACUGCCGGAGCAGGAGCUGUACUGCCCGCCCAUCACCCUGCGUGUGGUAGACUGCCGCAGUUUUGGCAGGUUCACACUGGUGGGCACUCACAUCAUCUCCAGCCUCCACCGCUACAUGUGGAACCCCGUCACCAAGAGAGAGAGAGAGGCGGCGCUACGAGACUCCAUCACAGGCCAGCUCCAAGGAAAUAACGAGGACAACAACGGGGCUGCCAACCAUACCUUGGUGUCCAAUAACGUGCACGGUGGUGUAGUGGGCGGGGGCAGCGUGUCCUACAGGAAAGAGACGGAGAGGAGUCCUCUCCUGCAGAAGGACACAGUCAUCACCAUCGACUAUGUGGGUGGCUCAGGAGCUGUGUCCAAGCUGGUGGCAGUGUCCAAGAAGGAGAAAGCGGAAGCCAAUAAACGACGGAAACAGAGUAUGGAGAUGGAGGAGGAAGACGAGGAGAACAGAGACUGGUGGACGAAGUACUUCGCCUCCCUGGAGGCCGUCGCCUUGCAACAGCAGGAAGAUAGGAACGCCAAGGAGAGGGGCGAGAACGCUGACGGGGAGCAGACGCAGACGCAGGAGGGGCAGCGGGAGGCAGCAGUAGCCGCGGCAGCAGCAGCAGCAACAGCAGCAGCAGAGAGGAAGAAGCAUAGCACGUUUAGGGGCACCUCCACAGCAGCCAAGCUAGCUGCUAGGCUCAGCCCUAAGAGUCAGAGACGGAAGCACAAACCUAACAUCGCAAUCCUCAAGGUUAUCCCAGGGGAACUGGAGACAGAAUUCAACGGCUUUCGUGAGUGGCUUCACACGUUCGACCUGUACAGGGGCAAGAAGACGGGGGAUGAACUGGAGGAUGAAGGACGCGUCGUGGGCAAGUUUAAGGGGUCGCUGAAGCUGUAUCGCUGGCCUCUACCGAAGGACAUUGACGACACUACCAUCACAGGCGGCGACCCUCAGUAUGGCUUCUUCCAG